AUGAAACGCAGCUCGGCUGAUAAGAACGACGACGAGCCACGAACGGUCAUUAUCACCGGCGCCAGCCAAGGCCUCGGCCUCCAGUGCGCGCUCAACGUGGCCCAGGCCCACCCGCGGUGGCACCUGGUGCUUGCCUGUCGGGCGCCGCUCGAGAAGGCCGACGCCGCGGCCGAGAGUGUCCGACAGCGCACCGGCCACCUCCACGUCGAGGUGGUCGAGCUCGACCUGGCCUCGCUCCAGUCUGUCCGCCACUUCGCCGCCGGCAUCGCCCAGCGGCUCGCCGCCUGGGGCGACGACUACCACAGCGCAGAGGCGCUGCCGCCCUUGGCCUCUCUGGUCUGCAACGCAGGUCUUCAGGUCAUCAACCCCGCCGUGUCCAAGGACGGCUUCGAGUUGACCUUUGCCACCAACCAUCUGGGCCACUUCCUAUUGGUCAACAUGUUGCUGAGGAGCAUACUGGUGGACUCGGCCCAGCGGGGCACGGAGGCGCCGGUGCUGCGCAUCGUGUCGGUGGCCAGCGGCACGCACGACCCGGCCAAGAAGACCGGCAUGCCCCACCCGCGCUACAUCAAGGCCGACUGGCUGGCCCACCCCGAGCGCGACACUGAAGACACCAAAAAAGACGGGCGCUGCACCUACACAACGAGCAAGCUAUGCAACGUGCUGUUCACGUACGAGCUGGCGCGAAGGCUCAAGGCCUGCGGGUGGGAGGACCGGGUGCAUGUCACGGCCUACGAUCCGGGGUUCAUGCCCGGCACGGGCCUGGCUCGCGACUACCCGGCCGCCCUGCGCUGGAUCUUCGUCAACGCGCUGCCCUGGGCCUCGAUCAAUUUUGCUGGAUCUGCAUGGAGACCUACACCCCGGUGCGCCGGCCUCCAAUUCAAGCCCGCGUCGCGCCUCCUUCGGGGCAUCAAGAAGACCGGCCAGAUCGGGGCCUACGCCGGCAUCGCGGUCGGCGUCACUGCCGGCGUGGUGGUGGUCACGCCCAUCGCUCUUGCCGUGGGCAUCCCGACCUUGGCCAUCGGACUUCCCAUCUACGGCGCCUACAAGAUCGUGUCCUAG